AACUGUUUUUUAUUACUCUUUGGCUACUCUUAUCCAUAGCACUGAUAACCCCAAUUAAGAUAGCUAAGAAUUCCAGUAAACUCUGAUCAUCACUCCGCCAUCAUGCUGGAAAAGUUCCGUUUAGGUAACGGCAUAUAGAGUUUUCUAGAAGACAUUUCGCCUCUCAUCCAAGAGGCUUCUUCAGUUCAAAUUAGUGGUGGAGGGCACUGAGAUACAGUACCAUAAACUGUAUAUAUGCCUCAUUUAAGUGUGAGUCAGGUGAGGACAUUGCCCUCCCUCUCUUGUGACUCACACUUUAAUCGUCACACAUCAGAACCCUGUAAAGACCAUUAACCCCAAUCCAGUCGGAGGAAUCAGAUCUUCACUGAUAUGAAACACAGCCAUCUGCUUUAAUUGCAGACAGCUCUGUUCACGUAACUUAACCACACCCAUCAGCACACACACUCCCAUUCUAGGCAAGCAUUUUCCAUAUUUGCAAAUUUCCACAUAUUUAAAUUAGGUGAUGAUGCCUUUUAAAAAAAGUCAAGGAGCUUUGAGACCAGCCGAUAGUGACUUUCCUUGCUUGAGAUUUGGAAACAGUAUUGGUGAUUGUAUGCAUCUAAGUACUGGUGAGACAGCAGAAGGAAUAUCCCCUUACUCUACAGUAGAUCUACAUCAGCUGAUGAUAUUGGUUAUUCAAGAAAAGCACGGACAUGAAGAGAAGAGCAGCCUCUGCUCCCAAGGCAGGUGGAAAAAAGGUGAAAGAGGAGCCCACGGACGCCUCCCUGGCUGCAAGGCCACAGAUUAGCGUCCAAGGGACGGUGGAUGAGCACUGCAACCCUUCUUCAGGAGAGGUGCAUAAGGAUUAUGACUGCAUUCUGAUCCUAACAAACAUUAAAGGAAACAACAACAAAGUUUACAUCAUCCAAGUCAGAGACGAAAACGGCUUAUACUGUUCUUGCAGCAGAUGGGCAAGAGUGGGAGAAAAGGAAAAAUUCAAAUGCCAUAAGUUUAAAGAUCUUGAAUCGGCUAUUAAAGACUUUGAGACAAAGUUUUCUAAAAGGACCAAUACCAACUGGGCUGAUCGCUGGAAUUUUGAGUCUCAGCCUGGGAAGUACACACUGAUUGAAGUAGAAGGAGAGCAGGAUGCUGAAGACAAGUUGGACCAUGUUAAGGAGGAUGUACAGGAACUAUACAUCAAGAACCUCAGCAAGAAACAGAUUGAUAAAGGCAAGGACAUUUUGGAGGAGAUUGAAGAUGCUUUGAACCCAAACGAUAAAAGAGACCUUAAAGAACUCUCAUCAAAGUUCUACAGUACAAUUCCUCACAUUUUUGGCAGGAAAACACCUCCAACCAUACACAGCAAAGAUAUUGUUCAACAGAAAAAGAAGGUGCUGGAAGACCUGAAGAAACUGAAAUCAGAAACAAAAAAGGCUCAGGAAGAGAUGACAGUGACAGUUCCUCAUCCUGUUGACCAAAACUAAAUGUCUUAAAUGCAAAAUGCCUUGUUGUAUCAUAAAUUUGGUGUGGUCACUACAAUAAUAAAAAACGUAGAAUCUCAUAUAAA